GAGACCGUUGGUGACUGGACAGCAGGCGCCGGGGGCGGGCCUCUCAGGGCCACCUUUAAAAGACGCGCCUGGGCCUCGGAUUCCAGCCAGAGGAGAGCGGUUGGCGCCCGAGUGUGCGAUGGUGGCGGCAGGUGGCAGCCAGCGAGCCUGGGGUCUGAGGCUGGGCCUGGCCCUGGCAGGCACCCGUGUGCCCGCGGCUCCGUCCCCCGGACAUGGAGGCGAGGGGGUCCUCAGUGAGAAAACUGGCAGCAGUGAUUGGUUUCAGGGGUCGAGGGGCCCCAGCUUUGCUCAGACUCAGACAUUGAAAAAGAACUUGCCCAUUCAGCCAGUGGUCCAGAUGGAAACUCCACCUGCAAGACGUUCCUCUGAAAGUGGCAGCCUGUCAGCUAUGGCAUCCAAGGUCACACGAGUGACGGGUAAUGUGAUGGGGCCAUAUUUUGCCUUCUGUGCAGUGGUGGAUGGUAUUCAAUAUAAGACUGGACUGGGACAAAAUAAAAAGGAGUCUAGAUCCAAUGCAGCAAAAUUAGCUCUUGAUGAGCUUCUACAAUUGGAUGAACUUGAACCAAGAAUUUUAGAACAAUCAGGUCCUCCUCCUAUCUCUGCAGAACCUGUUGUUUCACCUGAACCAGCGUAUGUUUCAAAAGUACAUUAUGCUGGCCAUCAUGAAGUUGUAGCUGUAGGCACAGGUGAAUACAAUUGCAGCCAGUGCAUCCAGCCACAUGGAAGAGUGUUACAUGACACUCAAGGUGUUGUUACAGCAAGAAGAUCUCUCCUUAGAUAUAAUUAUUCAAAGACAGCAUUAGAAACUGACGUUUCCAUUUGUGAUGUCCAUGGGUAUGGUUUGUCAUACAGCAGAGUGUCAAUAAGGUAUUCUUCAGUCUGACAGAUAUCAAAGAGAAAAAAA